CACGCCAUAUUUGUUAGCCGGCUAGCGCUCACUGGCGGAAAUCAGGAGGUGUCGGAUGUACUUUAAGCAGAAUCCGACAUCAUCGGCGUGUUCAUGUAGAGUUUUCAGUCCACAGUCACGCUCAUCGCUGUAGUUUAACGUUUAUUUUGUCGUAGUAGAUGUUUUGGUUGAAGAAUCGACGUAAGAAUUGAAUAAAAACGAAACGAUUGAGUCGAGUUCCCUAGAGAUCAAAACAGGACUGUCGCUAGCAGAAGGCUCAAACUGGUUACUUUCGCUUGAUACGUAUAUCACACACACGCUUUAGUUAAAAUGGCCUGCGGUGCCACUCUGAAACGGACUAUGGAUUUUGAUCCUUUGAUGAAUCCGGCGUCUCCGAAAAGGAGGAGAUGUGCGCCCAUGUCCCCGUCCUCCUCCAGUUCCUCCCCGCAGAAGUACCUGCGCAUGGAGCCGUCGCCCUUCGGCACAGUGUCUUCAGUCCUCACCACAGAGCAAAUCCUGAGCAACAUCAAGCAGGAGUACAAGCGCAUGCAGAAGAGAAGACAUCUGGAGAGCAGUUUCCAACAGACUGACGCCUGCUGUCCUAUUGAAUCCCAGCCACACACCUCCAUCAGCAGCACAGCCACGAUAGCAGGCACCUCCUCUGGAUCUGUGUCUCCAUCCAGACGAGAGCAGCCCUUGUUCACAUUGAAACAGGUGGGAAUGAUCUGUGAACGUCUGCUGAAAGAGCGUGAGGAGAAAGUCCGAGAGGAGUACGAUGAGAUCUUGACCACCAAACUUGCAGAACAAUAUGAUGCGUUUGUGAAGUUCACCCAUGAUCAGUUGAUGAGGAGAUUCGGGGAGCAGCCUGCCAGCUAUGUGUCCUGAGUUAUCAGAUGAUGUCAGAUCUUCUCUUCUUCUGUGAGCUCUUGACACUCAGAAUGGGUUCAGCUGGGUUUCCAGUGCUCGGCCUUAGAGUUUGUGUGAUCAACACUCUCUCUAUCUCUAUCGUUCUCUCUCUCUCUAUUCAGCGGCUCAGUGCUUCCUGCCAUCAAUGCCCAUUAAUGGACUUUUGCAAACUAUUAUUCAAAACUCAGUGGCUCUGUGUUCCUCUUAUUGAACCCUGGAUAUUUAUUAGGCUAUAACUAUGCCUUUUAUACAGUUACCUGUCAUUUCAUUUUACUUUGUUUUUAUUUUGUAAAAUGACUUUUUGGCAGAUGAUGUUGAUCGUUGGCACAUGAGCGUUAAAAGGGUGUUUACUUUGAGACUGAUGGUUGUAACUUUGUGUAAAUACAUCCUGGCAUUUAGUUUUCGUGUACAAAUCAUAGACAGCAUUUAUUUAGAAGUCUGCUUUCAUGGUUUGUAUUUAUUUUGAUUUUAUUUUUUUGUCCUUUUUUCUCUGCAUUAUGGUUUUACUGCUCAUAUAGUUUAAAUGACUUUAUGUUGGGAAAAAUAUACAAAUAAACUGUUUACAUAA